AUGGAGCCUCCUCCACCGCCGCCGCCGCCGCAUGGCUCCAACCCUCAAGGCGGUGGCAGGUCGGGGGGUCUUCCUGAUGGCAGGUAUGACAUUUUUGUCAUUCCUCCGCAUUCAUCAGGCUCGGGCUUCCUCUAUCUUCCCUCUCUACAAACCCAACGGAACAGCUUUCUGGCCGGGGUCUUCUGCACGGCCGCUACGUUCUUCAUCUACACGACCGCUGUACCAGUCGUCAAAGAAUGGCUGUUCACCACCGUCAACAGUGGCGGCGGCGGUGUGUUUAUGCUGAUUUGUGGCGUGGCAGUGGUUGCUUGGGCAUUUGGCAAGACACAAAGCGAGUGGGCGCAGCCGAGCUCUUCUGCCCGGCCAAGUACGUCCUCGGGUCCUGGAGGAUCUGCAGGUGCAGGCUACACAGGCUUCAAUAAUACAGGGUCGUAUGCUCAUCCCCAGCCAGGGCCACAAGCACAGCCACAACCUCCUCCUCCUCCUCCCCCACCGCCACCACCGCCAAAUCAUGGAGCCAGUGCUCCUCCACCGCAGUCGUCAUGGCAGAGGCCGACACCCCAAGCCAACACCAAGGCCAACACGACAGGUGCCAAGUCCAGCUGGGAGAAGGCGAGAGAAGAAACACGGAAACGAGAAGAGGAGCGGAAGCGUGCAGAGGAUUUGAAGAGGAGGAGAGAAGAGCUCGAAAAGGAGCGACAGAAGCAAAGAGAAAAAGAUGCCCUAGAGAGACUUGAACGCGAACGCAAGGAGAAAAAAGAGCGUGAGCAGAAGGAGAAGGAUGCCGCUGCUGCCAAAGCAGCUGCUGAAGCAGAAGAGAAAGAAAAGGCACGAAAAGUCGCAGAAGCUGCUGCGAAGCGGCCCCCGAUGCCAUCAGCGCAAACUGAGCGUGAUGACGAUGCAUAUUCAUUUCGCCCUUAUGAUCGGCCCAGAAGACCAUACAAGGCCAACUCAGCUGCAUCAAUGUACUCAGAAUCGUCCUAUGCCCCGUCAGAGAGUACUGCAAAGACGACCCCUCCAGCAUCGGCUCGAGGCCCAUAUUCAACGAAUGACCCUGACAAGAUCAUCAUCAAGGGAGUCUUUUCUUUCAACAACGCUUUCACGCGAACCCCAAUCUCACAGCUCGUGUCGGGACAAGGAAAUGUCACUGAUGGGCUCAUCCUCCGAAUCACCACCGAGGGCUUGUUCAUCGACGAUGAUGUUCGUGGUGUACCGCAGCGUGAAUGGGAUGUAAAGGCUUGGACGCUGAAGUUAGCAGAGAGCUGCGAAUUGAGCGGGAUUCAUGUCCUUCGAGCGAGCGUUCGAGACCAAGAAGGAAAGAAGUAUGUCUUCAUUCUCUCCCAGAGCGAGGGAUGGAAAGUCGCGGUUGGGCUCCAGCGUCUUCGGAGGGGAAGUCAGGUACGAGCGCUGGGGGUGGCUGGACUCCCACACAACGAAGCAAAAGCAAUCCUCGAGAACCUUGGAUACGGGUGA